AUGUCGACUUCCCCUCCCUCAGUAGACAAGCCGGACAAAGAUGAUGCCCUUCUCAUCUCUACAGUCAUCUUGACUAUACUAGGAGGUGCCUUUGUCCUCACACGACUUUGGGUCCGAUUCAGAAAGUCCAAGGCCUAUGGCUGGGACGAUUACUUUAUCGCUGGGGCUUUGGCCGCUAGCAUCGUAUCGAUGGCGCUGACAAUCGCCAUGUGCUCACACGGCUACGGCAAGUCAUCCGCAAAGCUAUCAACUGCAUCGCGCAUACAGGCUUCAAAAUUCUCAAACUUUGCCCUUCUUAUCAACGGCUUCUCUAUGGCCUUCCUCAAAGUCAGCAUCGGUUUGUCCCUACUGCGUCUGCAACUCGGCCGGACCAUGCAAUGGAUAAUCUGGGGAUCAAUUGUCCUCUCCGUCGGCUGCAACGCCCUUGUUGCGGUAGGGUCACUCUUCGCCUGCCGCCCCAUUGAGGCCAUCUGGAACAAGACGCUCGAUGACUUCUCGUGCAUCCCACGGUCGGUGAACGCGGCGAACUCAUAUGUUCAGACCGGCGGCAACAUCGUUACCGACCUCUUCUACUCGCUCGGACCCAUUUACUACGUCUCACAAGUCAGAGUAUCAGUCUACAACAAGUGGGCCCUUCGAGGUGUCUUUCUCGUCGGUCUCUCCGCCACCGUCUGCGCCGUGGCAAAAUGCUUCGAGCUGCCCAAGCUGAAAACCAGCACGGAUCCAACUUACGACGGUGUCCUGAUUACUAUCUGGGUUCGCGCCGAGCUAAACGCCGGCCUCAUCGCCGCCUCCAUCCCUCCCCUCAAAGCCGUCUUCGAGCAAGUCCUGCGCAACGUCUUCCACGUCCGCUCCGGCCUGCACAUCACCUCCUCCGGCCACAUGACUCCCGGACGCUAUAGACCUAGUGGCUACGGAGGCGGCAGUGGCGGGGUGGGGAAAGCUUAUGGCUUGCAUAGUUUCAAGCAGGGCGGGCUUUCGCAGCAUCGCACGCUUGAUGGCGGUGAGGAUGAUGAUGAAGGUGGGGAUACGUUCGGGGCUAACCGCGGACACGCCGCUUACGUGGUGGGCGGCGCGGGCAACCGGAGGUCUCGAGAUAGGAGUCGAGAGCAGAAGAGCGAUGGUGAUAGUGUGGAGCAGGACGAAGACCAAAAACAUAUACUGCAGGCGUCGAAUCGGGGGCGGAGUGGUAGUAGUGCCAGUGAUCUGGCAGGAGACUCGAGUAGCGGGCAAGGGGGAGGAGGGGACGGGUGGAUCGUGAAGACGGUCGACUAUAGUGUUACGAGCGAGAUAGGUUCACCCGUUGGCCAGGCACGAUAG